UUUACCCAAUUUUAGAACCAAAAGAGAAGAAAACAGUCAAAAGAGAGUUUUUCCCAUUUGAGCAAUGGCGGACGCAGUUGAGAUGCCUAGAGUAAAGCUGGGAAUUCAAGGACUUGAGGUCUCUAAAUUAGGUUUCGGCUGUAUGGGGCUCACCGGAGUCUAUAAUUCUCCUGUUCCUGAGGCGGAAGGGAUUGCAAUAAUCAAGGAGGCUUUUGGUAAAGGAGUCACAUUUUUUGACACAUCAGAUGUUUAUGGCAUGGAUCAUGCAAAUGAAUACUUAGUUGGAAAGGUAACUACAGACAAUUGGUUUCACAUGAAUCAUGAACAUCAAAAGAUGCAUUUUUAUUAUUAGAAACAUCCAUUACACUUUCCAUGGAAUGUUGUAUAAACAAAACAAAGAAAGUGGAGUACAAGAUGAUCUUCUUUAUUUUUCCAGCUUGAUGAUUCUCGAAUGAUCUUAACAUGAUAAAACAGUGAACAUGUAAGAUAUAAUAAACUUGUGUAUGCAUCAAUUAUAGAUGUUCAUGUGUAAAAUUAUCUCCUUCAGCUAAAAAGAGAGAAGGGUGGAGGUGGGGAAGAGGCAUGAACGGGAAAAGUACUUGAAAUCCCCUCAUCUUCACUAGGU